AUGGUUUAUCGUGUUCUGACUGUUGUUAUAAGUGUUACUAUCAUUCUAGUUCCAAUAUUCGCAAACAAUCCUUUGUAUCUUACUCCAUUGAUAGAUCAAAACAAAACAGCAGAAGCCAGAAAUUCUUCUUCAGUUAAUUCAGAAAUUUUUAUCAAUGUGAGAAGUUACGCAGGAUUUCUAACGGUAGAUGAGAGGUACAACUCUAAUUUAUUUUUUUGGUACUUUCCCAACGCCAACAAAACCCUCAAAGACACACCAUGGAUAAUUUGGCUACAAGGAGGGCCUGGUGGAUCAAGUCUAAUAGGGCUUUUUUCAGAAAUGGGUCCAUUUGAAUUAGUUGACGAUAUUUUACAAUUGAGAAAAUAUUCUUGGUGCAAAGACUUUUCAAUGGUUUUUAUCGACAACCCCGUGGGCGCUGGUUUUAGUUUUACUGACAGAGAGGAAGGUUAUCCUCGAAACAAUGAUAUGUAUUCAGAAAAUCUUUACACUGCAGUAAAGCAACUGAUAUUAUUAUUUCCUGAACUCGGUGAAGCCCCUUUAUACAUCGCGGGUGAGUCGUACGCUGGUCGCUAUGUUCCUAACAUGGCGAUCAAGAUUAUGAAGGGAAACCAGAUGCAUAAUACUAUUAAUUUAAAGGGUCUUAUAAUGGGCAAUCCAAUCUUAGACCGCGACAGUAUAGUAGACUAUAUCCGUAUAUUCUACGACUGGGGACUCGUCGAUUCUCAAGGAGACCUCGCCGUCAAGCCUAUUCAAAAUGAGUUAUAUCAGGCUGUGAAAGAUGGAAACAAUGUAGAAGCAGAUGAGUUACGGAAUAGAGUCCUAAGCGAGCUUGAAGAGAUAUCUUAUCGAAGGGAUUCAUACAAUCUACUAAAUGAUGAUGUUGUGACAGGAGUUAAAACGUUUGUACCCUUCGUCACAAGUCAACGUGUUAGAACAGCAAUUCACGUCGCAAACCAAACUUUUAUGUUCAACAAUCUAAAACUACAUCAGUAUCUGUUAGCCGAUUUCUUAGCACCCGUGUCUUCCAAAAUCCAAAUUUUGUUGCAAAGCUACAAAAUUUUAAUAUACUGCGGGCAACUAGAUCUUACAACGCCAUGCGUCCUCAAUGCUGAGGGCCGGCGGAGGAAGUGGCGUUGGAGUGGUCGGGAAUCGUUCUUCAAAGCGCCGCGAGUACCGUGGUGGCUUGACGAUAAAGUUGUUGGAUAUGUGAAAUCUGGUGGGGGUUUAACAGAAGUGUUAGUAACAGGCGCCGGACACUUAGCACCAGCGGACAAACCCGCGGAAUUACAACAACUUAUCACGUAUUUUAUCAAUGGACUCGAUUUACCGAGACCUCCAUCUUACACGCCCGAUGUGAAUAUACCAAAUUACGAAGAAUAUACCGAUUUAUAUUACUCAGCGAAUGUCUCGCAAAUAACGCCGGGUUUAAUUGCUAGUAUUGUUGUUAAUGUUUUGUUGCUUAUAGGAAUUGUUGUCGGUGGACUCUUAGUUUGCAGAUGGAAGCGGCAUUAUGAUAUUUUGCCGUUCGAUGAUAGCGUUCUUACUCUGACG